AUGGACACUAAAAGCUCAAAAACACAGUCACCAUUUUUAUCAUCAACUUCAAAUAGAAGCCCAAAAAGAAAAAGCAACAAUGCAUGCAGUUCACCAGAAUUUGAAUUCUGGAUGCGAAGAAAUCCCUCUUUACCACAACCCAACCUCCUUUCCGCCGAUCAACUCUUCCUCGAUGGUGUCAUCCUUCCCCUCCAUCUCAUAUCCAACAAACCCGAGCAGAAACCUGAUUCUGAUCAGGUACACAACUCAUCUCCUGCCAUGACCGAUUAUUCAACCAUCAACACAAUAUCUAAGCGAUGGAAAAACAUCUUUGGGAAGAAAAACAACAGCAAUACAGAAGAGAAAGUGAAGAAGAAGAAGAAGAAUGAGAAAAAACUUGGAAAGGGUGGUUGUGGCGGUGACUCUUUUUCAUCUGAACUUUACAUCAAUAUAUGGCCUUUCUCUCGGAGUAAGUCAGCCAAAAACUCUGUCACCCGACCUAAAUCAGUUCCGGUUACCCGGAAAGUAAACAGCGCACCGUGCUCUAGAAGCAAUUCCGCCGGAGAUUCAAAGUCAAGGAAGUUUCCUAGUAGUCUUGGUAGGGUGGGAGUCCAUAUUGGGAGGAGCAGCCCCGUUUGGCGCCGUGGAGGCUCCGGUAAGAAUACUGAAACACUGUAUAUGAAAAAUGAUAAGACUAAAAGAGAAACUACCGUGAGUCACCGGAGAAGGCUCACUACAGCCGCCGGUGGUGGUGGUGGUAAUGUUCCGGUGUGUGUUGGGUACAGUCGUAAGUUGCGCUGCAGAAUGGAGGAGAGCAGUGGCGGUAAGCUUUUGAAUCUGCGCAACUUCUUCACCAAGAAAACCGUUCUAGUAGUGUGA